CGCAGAAUGCGGGCAUGCAUGUGCUCCCGUACGUGAUCCAGGACGCUUCGCUUUGGUAACCUCGCGCGCCCAACUAUGAUACAGGGACUGUCUCCGCUCAACCAGGCUAUCCUGGGAACGCUAUUCACCUGGGGACUGACCGCAUCCGGUGCCGCACUUGUAUUCGUGUUGAAUUCGACCAAGCGAAAAAUUCUAGAUGGAAGCCUUGGAUUUGCUGCCGGGGUUAUGCUGGCUGCUUCGUUCUGGUCCCUGCUUGCCCCAGCCAUCGAAAUCGCAGAGUCGACGGGUGGCUACGGCCGGAUGGCGUUUGUUCCCGUCAGCAUUGGCUUCUUCCUGGGGGCACUGUUCGUCUAUGCCAUGGACAAGCUCAUCCCAUCCUAUGAUGGCCACAAGGCAGAUCUGGCCCUGGCCAUGCAGCUGGAGAAGAAGUCCACGCUCAAGCGUCACAUUCAGACGGGCGAGGAGUCGGCGAUCGGCUAUCGGAAUGGCUAUUCCGAUCCCAACGUACAGCUGCGCAAGAAGCCGCACACAACCACGCAAGUCAGCAUUCCAACCGUCAACGAUGCUGAGACGGCUGAGAACUUGAAGCGGUGGAAACGCAUCUUCUUGCUUGUCAUUGCAGUCACCGUGCACAACAUUCCUGAGGGGCUCGCUGUGGGCGUGGGCUUCGGUGCGGCCGGGAGCUCGGAGCAUUCCACGUUUGAAAGUGCCAGGAACCUGGCUCUUGGCAUAGGCAUUCAGAACUUCCCUGAGGGACUGGCGGUAAGCUUGCCACUCCGUGGCGCCGGCUUCUCCAAGUGGAAGUCAUUUUGGUAUGGUCAGCUUAGCGGAGUCGUGGAACCCGCGGCCGGCGUCUUGGGCUGCCUGGCGGUGACCAUGGCCCAGCCGCUGCUGCCUUAUGCCCUUGCCUUUGCAGCUGGGGCGAUGGUUUACGUUGUCGUCGAUGACAUCAUACCCGAGGCACAGGCUUGCUCCAAUGGCCAGCUGGCGUCCUGGACGACCGUGGUUGGUUUUAUCGUUAUGAUGGCCCUGGACGUCGGCCUCAGCUGAAGCGUACCACGACCUCGAGUACAUUUCGAGAAAUAUCUGUUCGUGCUUUUGGGACCAACGAACUAGAGCUCCGCUUGUAAAAAAUAAGAACCAGCUGUUUGUGAUUUGCCAGCUCGUACCACGCUGCAACCGACACUGCAACGGUUCGAUCAACCAGCGAGCGAAUUGCAAGCUGCACUUAUCUCAAAGGACUUUUUGUUAAAUGACAUAGUGCGCCAUGUUUGGCUUAUCGAAAUGGGGUAGUGUGUAAUGGUGUGUGACAGCACGUGUUAAUUUCGAGCGCUGUGACACGAAUGUACUGUGGCCUGGACAUGCGAUGAGACAAAUUCGUGUUAAAGUCUUUAGGUGCUUCGACUGCAUUGCUUAUCGUGUUGAUACAUGUGAGCGAUUUUUUGCUGAAUGCUUUGAUCCUCGUCUGGUUGUGCAGUAUAUGUACAGACGGCAUAUUCGUGCUCGCUCUAUAUGUAAAUAUUUUAUUGCUUUCACAAGCAAUUGUGGGCACAUGAUGUGGUGAUGUAAUGAUAGUAUUAGAUAUUGGCAUUCAGUAUUGUAACAGCAGUGAAUUGGUUUUACAUUACGUAGAUACGAAAUGUUGAUUCAUUUUGUUUUAAGCCUCGGGUGAUUGUGUGCACUAGCUCGAAUAACCCAUUUUUGAAUCGCGCAGAAGUUGCGAGGCCUGUUUGUGAUGUUUGAACUGCUCAUUGUUGCUCAUUGAACCAAGCUAGUCGGUUAGGCUCAAAUGCUACUGCUGUGUCAGGUUUGUUAUCUGUUUUUGCACAGUGUUUACCUUUAGUAACUGAUUCAUGAUAGCAAUGUAAGCAAGAACAAAUUCUUCGACUUAUUUCUUUUCAUAGAGUUAUAACGCAGAACACUUACGUAGCAUUAUUUGUACUUGAUGCUCCUUAGUGUAUUUCUUAAUUUCUUUCUUGCUUCAAAGGUAAUCGUUCAAAUAUUCGAGCUGAAAGGCUUCUUCGCUUUCGGACAUUUAUUAAACCUAUUCAUACGCAAUUCAGAAUUGCAGAAAAUAAUGUCAAUCUAGGUAUACAUUUCAAGUAAGUUAGUUACUAUUUGCACCGAAUUGUAGGAUAACAGGGAUGUGUUUUCAAAGUGACCUUUCCCAUGUUAACCUAAUUUUAUUCUGACGUAUGACAUUCUAAAUUAUCUAUAAUCUUGUGAGAAGCACUUGUUUAGGUGUGUAUGCAAUGUCUUAUAUUUUACUUCGUUAAAGAAAUGAAAUUACAUGCUCAGUGUUUGAGUAGUAGCACACAUUUUAAUGGCCUGUUGUACUUGCUAAGGCACCUGUAGUAUGCAAAAGAUACUGCUGCUACAAUCUUUUAGGCUUUGAAGCCAGUUGCAACAAAGCUUUCACUCUAGCUUUGCUGGUUAUAAAUUAGUGCUCGAUGACUACUGGAGGGAUCUUGCUAAAGUAACAUGAAUUUUAUCAGUACAGUGGAACACUGCUGUCACGUUCCCCCCCUGCUGCAUUUUCCCGGCUGUUACGUUGUAUUUCAUCGGUCCCAGCAAAAGUCCCAUAGAAUCCUAUGUAUUGGGAACCUCGCUGUACCCUCAUAGUUGUGGGCCCAUUCCCGUAUGAUGCGUCGCAACUGCGCACCCCGAACCCGUGAACCCACUCUGGGCACCACCAUUUUGAUUUGACUUUUCAGUCUUGGUUUCGCUUGGCUACUGUGUGGAAGAAGCCACAGGUGAAUUAAAGAGGCCGCCACUAGGUGGUCGUCAAGUCAGAAAGCUAUUAGCUAUAGCGCUAUCACCAUCAUGAUCGUUGUCGUCUGCGUGCCACCGGCUUCACUGCAUGACCCUUGCGGGCUCUGCACACAAAGGAAGGCCUGCUGGGCUUCGCAUGGCGAGUGUACUGCUGUUAUCGUCGUGUUCUGAUCAGCCCUGAUGGCGUCGCGCAAGCGGAAAGCGCUUUCUCUUGAAGAGAAGCUCGACGUGCUUCACACAGUCGACGAGCAGCCAGCGCACAAAGAGGCCGACAUUGCUAAAGAUCUUGGUCUGCCACCAUCGACGCUUAACAGCAUCAUCAUGAAGCAUGCCAAAAUUGAGGGGGAAGGUGGCGCUCUUUGGCCGAAAGGCCAAGUAGGCUCAUGGCGUCAAAUACGGGACGCUCAACGAGACUCUUCUCACUUUAUUCAGGCAAGCCCGCGCCGCUGGUAUUAACUUCGACGGCAGCAUUUUGCGCGAUAUGGCGAUAGAGGUAUCUGACAGACUGUGCAUCAUCGACUUUGCUGCGUCGAAUGGAUGGAUCGACCGUUUCCGGAAGAGGCACGGUAUCGCUUACAAGACUGUAAGUGGAGAAGCGGCAAGUGUCAGUAUCAAGACAGUGGACGAUUGGAAAUCAACACUGUCAUCUGUUAUUGAGGGUCAUGAGUCUCGUAACAUUUAUAACGCUGAUGAAACAGGCCCUUUUUUUUUUCGAGUGAAGCCAUCCAAGUUGUUAAGCUUAAAGAGCUAAGCCUGCCACGGAGGCAAAUGGAGCAAAGACCGACUGACAAUACUACUGUGCUGCAACAUGGAUGGCUUGGAUAAACUGAAGCCGUGGGUGAUAGACAAGUAGAAUCCACGGUGCUUGAAGAACAUUUGCCUACUGUCAUGCCACUACAGGAGCAACCGUCGUGCUUGAAUAACCUGUGCUCUGUUUGAGGAGUUUCUGUGCUAUUUUGAUAACAAUAUGGGUGUGCAGAACAGGAGUUUUAUCCUUUUCCUGGACAACUGUGCUGCCCACCCGAGGGAUCCUCCGUUUCUAAGGAACGUCAAGCUUGUGUUUUUCCCCAGAACACCACAAGCCACUUACAGCCGCUGGAGGCUGGUGACAUCAAAAGCCUCAAGAAUUUCUACAGAAAGAGCAUCGUGAGGCACUGUCUUGCGCGUAUUGAUCACGACAGCAGCCUACGGCAAUUUCCGUUCUAAACGCCAUGCCCUACGUCGCUUCGGUGUGGACUGUAGUGCACGCGUCAACGGCGCAGCACUGCUACGCGAGGUGUGGCUUCCGUACGAACGGCAGACUGGACGAAGCUAACGUACCAGAAGCAGCCUCUUGUAAACAGGAACUCACCGAGGCUGUGAAUGCACUGGGUGCCUCAGGAGUGACCUACGACGACGUCACCUCUAUGGAUGCUGCCCUCGUGAUGUCAGAGUGCCAGAGCAUCACAGAGACCAUUGCGGACUCGGUCGCAAGUGAAGCCGGCGACUCCGGUGACGAUGACGAGCCACAAGAGUCUGGGGAGUUGGCCGAUCAAAGUUUUUCAUAAUCCGUCGCAGUCUUGGCCCUCCUCCGCAGGUACAUCGCACCUCAAAACGACGCUGAGAGUAACUCAGCCUUUCGAAAAGUGUGUGGUACUCUCCAUUGAAUCUAAGAAGCAGCAGCCAAGCAUGCUCGAUUUUUUCAAAGCUUGUUGAAAUAAGUUGUUUGAAUUCAAUGCGGACUUGUUUUUAUUCAAUUUCGAAGCUUUCCUCAUUCUAGCAUUUUCCUAGCGGUUUCCUUUUUUUUUUCCCGGUCCGCUGAAAAACGUAUGAACCAGGUUCCACUGUACCUUUUUUUUUGCUGAGUAGGUUGUACCACUGCAGACCCCUACAGGAGACAUGACAGAUACAUAACUUGAGCGUAUGUGUUCUCUCUCUUGUAGUGUUUGUUCUCUCUGGUACUCCAUUAUUUCUAACCAACACGACUGAUAAAUGUUUUAUUUUCUAAUCUGUGCCCUUUGAAUUGCACCGAGACAGACGAUGUGCACUAUGUGGUUAGCAUACAUGAAAAAGAAAAGGUACUACCACCUUCAAUAUUCAUAACCGCGCUGAAUUCUGCACACGAAUCUCGGGAGGUCAUGCCGGCAAGCCGCUCGUCUCUUCUGACAACCAGUGAUUCGUGUCCCUUGUGUUGAAUCUAAGCAGGGCACACACAUACUUCGCAGUUAGUGGGCGUGAAAGAUAUACUAGCACACUGCCUUCGAGAUCACUUUCCAUCCCACAGUAUGCACUCAGAUCUUGGAGGUCAUUUUGUGGAGCCACUCGUCCUUUCUGACAAGUAGUAACGGCGUCUUUCUUUUUUUAAGUGUCAGUAUAAAAGAAAUAUCUGCCUUCAGCGGGCAUUCAGGGACAUGUUCACUGGUGUUCUCAACAAAAUUUCAUGCUAGGCUGCCUCCGUACACUUGUCAUGCAAAACUAGGCUCCCUACACGAAUGAAAAUUUCGAACUGUAUUAAAAUGUCGUUCUUGUGUUUCCUUUUUUAUUUUUCUUGAUUUUGGGUAGUGUGCGUUUAGUGCAGAGUGGCUAACUCAUUGCUAAAAUCUGGUUAGGCUCUGAGCCUUCCUUUCAUCUGUUUCUCUCAUGUUGCAGUUUUUGUAGAAAGCAAGGAAAUUGUGUUUCUUUUUACUUCCAUUUGUUUGCAGGAGCCCUGCUUGGAAGUUCGGGCAGUUCUAUUUAAAAAUUAUUCUAUGUUAAUGUUGCACAUGCUUUCUUUGUGCAGGUCAAGGUGCUUUUGCGAAACUUGCAAAAAGUGGCAAUGCUUAUUCGUUGUACUUGUGCUUGGGAUACCAGCUGAGAAACAUUUAACACUGAUGAAAUUUUUAUUGCAGUUUCUUUUUAAAGUUUCUUGUUUUUUUGUGAAAGUCAAACUGAUAGCUUUCACGGUGAUGUUAUGGAAAAAGGACCUCCUGUUUUGUAUCGUAAGUGCUUACCACGGUCAGGUUAAGCUGCUUUUGUGAAGUCAUAGGAAGGAGGUGAGCUUUGUCUGUUUGACUUUUUUAUUGUGUAUGGCACACAUGAGGAUCCGAAAAAUAAAUGAGGGGUAAAUGCUAUCAUCAAUUUCACUUUCUCUUGAAAUUUCAUAGCCUCAUGCUAAAUAAAAUGUCUGCUUUACA